CUCAACAUUCAUCAAGGCAUUCUGAUCACGAUGACAUCUCUAAAGUUUGCUUUAUAUCUGACUGGGCUGUUCUUGUGGAAAAUAGGUUUGGCAUCUGAUAUGAAAUUGUCUACAUAUGUGCGUCAAGAGGGUGGUUUUAUAUCAGCUAAUGUUGGAGACAAUGUGACUCUGCGAUGUUUCUAUGACAGUGAUGUUGCAGCAACGUUUUACUGGUAUAAACAAGCUCCAGGAAAGAAACCAAGGUUCAUGUCUUCCUUCUAUAAACAUGAUAAGUUAGGUGGCACUUUUACCGGCGAAUUCAAAAACAAUCCACGUUUCUCACUGGACGCCGGAGACGGUAAGAACCACUUGACAAUCACGGAUUUACGUACUUCAGACUCAGCUACCUACUACUGCAUAAGUACCAGUUCAUUCAAGUUUGCAUUUGCGGAGGGCGCUACUGUCAGCGUAAAGGGUUCAGGUGUGAACAUCCAAGCUUUGGUCCAUCAGUCAGCAUCUGAGACCGUCCAGCCAGGAGGCUCUGUGACUCUCAGCUGUACAGUCCACACUGGGACCUGUGAUGGAGAACACAGUGUUUACUGGAUCAGAAACUCUGAAGGAUCACACGCAGGACUCAUUUACACCCAUGGAGACAGGAAUGAUCAGUGUGAGAGGAAACCUGACACACAAACACACACCUGUUUCUACAACUUGCCAAUGAGUAACUUGAAUCUUUCUCAUGCUGAGACCUACUACUGUGCUGUCGCCUCAUGUGGACACGUGCUGUUUGGAAAUGGGGACUUGCUGGACGUAGAGAAUGAGAUGAAGCCUCUUGGCUCAUCUGUAUAUUUCCUAAGUGGAGCUUUGGCAUUCACCACCAUCACAAGUGUUUUACUGGCUUUCUCAGUGUGCAUGAUGCACAAGAGAAACAGCUGCCAAUGCACAGGGUCUCAAGCAAGAUCUUCAGCUCCCUCCACAGCUAACACAGAGCAGGAUUACAAAUGCCAAGAUUCAGACAACCUCCAUUACGCUGCUUUAAAGAACCAUAAGGUCAACCGAACAAGAAGACAGAGGGAUGACAACUUGAGCGAAUGUGUGUACUCUGAAGUGAGGCAGUAGAACUGUUCCCUCUGUACGUUGUUUUGAUGUAUGGGGUAACUGCAGGAGCAGUUACACAUAGAGAGAUAUGGUCAGUGAUGAUGAUGAUGAUUUCCACUGUCAGUCUCUCUGUGCUGCAGUGCUGGAAACACAAACAUAUUAUAUAUGCGACAGCAUCAUGGAAACAGGCCACACAUUGGUUUUAAAAAUUUGAUGGCACAAGAACGACAACAUCCAAUCCUCAGAAACAUCAGUCACCUUGGUGUUUGUUGUACACAUUGCUAAAGCAACUCAGUGAUGAAAGAGUGUUUUUAUAGCUUGUCUUGUGGUCUGCAGUCAAAAGAUGAGAUCGCUUCAUGCUUCGCUAAGGGUCGCUCGUGCGUAUUCACAAGCCUCUGCUCUAGGUUUUCUGUCAGUGUGGUUUCAAGAAGGAUGUCUCCACAGUCUCACUUUUUUUUCCUCAAGCAAAGCAGUGGCCCAUUUCAAACUCUAAUUGUUUAGUAUAUGAAUUCUUUUUUUCCACUGAAACCAGCAUAUUUAAAAUGCCAGCUUCAUUGAUCACCGUUACAAGAGAAAGAUCACAAUGGAAAUAAAUGUUUUUCUUUUAUUUUCAGCCACUA